AUCCUUUAAACGCAGGAUACAGUAGUUACCAAUUAGCUUAAUUAGCAGAGUAGCCAGCACCGCCUCCUAAUGGGUAACUGAAACCAACUGACGCCCGCUAUUUGGCUCAACAUAUUUGUUUUCUUUUUUUGUAAAGGCGGUGAAAAAUGGCAACACAUCAGACAGUUUGGCCUUGCUUCCCGCUAACGUUACCCCUCGGAGUGGCCGCACCGAGGCCGUCCUACAUGGCUCGCAGUGACUACGGUGGCGUGGUGAUACCUUGUUUUUACAAUGCGGUGAUUGAAAAACCAAGUCAAAGGGAGAGCAGGAGGUUCCUUUUGGACAGGUCUGUGUUCGAUUUGGUGGAUGCACAUCUCUAUCUGGCGCUAACUGACCCAAAGUUGCUUGGCUGGUAUCUUGGUUUGUCUCCAGAGGACAGAAAGAUCAUACAAGACGAAGGAGGGUUUCACCAUUUUCUGCAAAGACAUCCUGCCUUAGAGUUGUCCAGGCAUCAUGUCUAUGUGAAGUAUAACAUUGGAGCCAGCAGUCCUGUCCAGCCAACUAUGACAUCAGAAAAAUGUAGAACGCCACCAGUGAAGACAUGCAAAUGUGAAGUGCCCCAAACACAUCUAGAGUUGGAGAUGCUUCACAAUAAUGUGAGGGAGAAUUUAUCCCUGAUUGGCUGUAGUAACAGCAAGGGGGGAUCACAAGAACAGCUGUGUGAGGAAAUUUGCCACAGCAAACAGCUGAUCCACCUGCAAGACAGCUUCCAUACAGCCUGCAACAGCCCCAUCACACAGGAACCAAGCCAUCACAAGGCACACAAGGAGAGGGGUUCACCACAGUUCCAGCUGAGUGAAGAAACUCCAUCAUGGCAGAUUGGUAACAGUAUCAGCUGUGUAGCCGUGUGCAAGGAUCCAGCAGACCUGGCAAGCUUCUCUCUCGACAGGGAUGUGGAUCAAUGCAGACAGAGGGCUCAGCUGGAGCUCAGGAGCCAGGUGCCAAUGACAGAAGGCCUGAGUGCUAACCUCACAUAUGCUGAAGUCAGUCCAUUACAGUCAGAAUGGUCAACAAUGGAAAAAGAGUCUCCCUCUAAGUACUACAGCUUUGACAGUAUGGAAACGGAUGGCAGAGAGUACAAUGACAGGAGCAUUAUCCAGUCAGUGCAGCAAGAACAGGUCGACUAUCCUCUGGGCCCAAGUGAAGAAAACAGCACAAAAGAGGAGUGUCAGGAUUACAUGGUCUGUGGAAAUGAGUGCACUGUAGACAAUACUGCAGCGAGCUUAAGCUUGAAAGAUCAGAGUAACAACUUCCAUAGCAUCAUGGAGGACGAUAAGAGCAUCCUUGUCUGUCUGGCCAGCGAAGAACUAAAAGCACAUAAUAACAGGGUUCCUUCAGGCCCAGUCACCACUAAUAGUGAAGCACUGGCAGACACCAGUGAGACCAUUAAGUCUAAUCAUUCUCUCAUAAAGAAGAGCAGCUCCCCUGUGUCUUGCAUUCCCACCUGUGAUGUUAUGGUUGGCACUGAGCUGGCACUGAGUGUGUCAGCUUUCACCCAGUCUGAGGAUCCAGAAACAGCUGACAAGCACGUCAUUACUGAAGUCCACAUGGCAGAUCUGGACUAUCUUGCUGAGGAAUUUAUCAAACUCAGGACAGCUCAAGAAGUACUGAGAGAGCAAAAAGAGAAAAUGAAAAGUUUGUGUUGUAAAUUAGGAAAGGAAUGUGACUGUCUCCAGCGUGCUCAGCGAGCAGAGCUGUGCCUCCUGGCCCUGCAGUACAGCAUGUGCAGACAGCAGUGCUGGAGACUCUACUACACCACUGCUGAGGGAGAGCAGCUCACUGCAGUGCAUGGGGACAUGAAUCAGUGUUGGUCAGCUGUUAAAAUUGUUUCAAGGCCAAAGGACCCUCUUGCAAACAUUUCAAGUGUUGUGCAAAAACUGGAGUCUGACUAUAAUCAGAUGAGGAAUAAGAUCCUGGCAGGGGUUCCUAUGGAGCAACUUAAGCCUCUGUCUGUUGACUCUGAGAAGAUAAUCGCAAGAGAAAGUUACAUCCCAGCCCAGAUCAUUGGUGAUGUGCUGGGAAACCUUCCCUCUGGGAGCUCCUUGGAGUCACAGGAGUGUAAUACAGCAGGUGAAGAAAAUAGAUGUCCCAGUGAUCAAAGCAACAAUGACUGCCAGUCCUCAUCAGGACUAAUCUUCCAGAUUAGUCAGGGACAGAAGAAACAGGUGAAUAAUAACAACAACAAAACAAGGAGAGCAGUCACUCUUGUUCCCCAGGAUAGAGAUGCAAACCAUGCUGCACACAAGCUGGAAGGACAGCAAACAAUAGCUACAUGCAAAGCGCUCAAAGUGAAUGAGGCGUGGUAUGACGCUGAAGAAAACCUGGAGCCUGCAGGGCCUGCUGUGACAGGGCAGGAUGCAACAAUAACUGCAAAAAAUAGGACCAAUGCCACUGCCGGUGAGGAGGCUAAGAGCUCAGUGCUCUGUGUUUCCAACCUACCCAGUAAUGUGACAGAGAGUGAUGUGAUGCUGUGGUUUGAGAAAUACCAUGCCUCUGAAGUCAGUGUCUCUGUUUUAAAGAAUGAGUUCAGAGUUGCCAUAGUGAUGGUAAGUGGCCCCCAAUCUGCUGAGGCUGCAGUGAGAGAGCUGAAUGGCUUCAGCAUGGAAGGCCAUACUUUAUAUGUGGAGCACAUCAACAGAGCUGUUAGUGGGAGCCAGAACCAGAGCCAGAGCCAGGCCUCAGCCUCCUAUUAGUGAGUCCUCACAGGAUGCCACCAAACCACAACCACCCAAGACUGACCCCAGUAGCACUGAAAGAAAGUUAAUAUCUCAGCCGCCCCUUAGCUCCAGCAUCAAGAACAGGAAGGUGGUCUGCAUCUCGCCCACGGCAAAGGGAACCUGUGUGCCCCAACAUUACGGCACCAUGGGCAGCUUUGAUACCCUGAUGGCAGAGCUGACGCAGCUCCACCCAGAUGUUGGGAAGCAAAGGAUUGUGGACGCUCUGGUGGAGCUGAGGGCCAAGCACCAGGGUGUCCUCAGCGGCCUGCCCGUCAGGACCAUCAGGGAGAUGACUUCCGAGCUUCUGACCAGGCAGAGAAUAUGACACACUUAUGAGGAAGCAAUGCUUAAUGCUUGAUAAUUUUUGUUUAUUCCAGUGAUUUGUUGAAAGUUUUAUUUUGUUAGAAAAGCAUCACAACCCCUCAGGUUUUUCUUUACGACUCAAAUAUUCCAAUGAAGGGGAAAGCAAUCAAUCUAAAAGCACUCAGAUGUUAACUUCAGCUGAAAAAGAUUGUAAGGUUGUAUUGAACUUGGUUACAAUUUACCAUUGUGUCUGUGUUUGUAGCAGGUAGCAUCAGAUUAUUUUUGAUUGUUAUUGAGAAUGAGGUUUGUUGUAGUUACAAGCUGUCACAUUUCAGGAUUGACAGUUCUACGGUUCCUCCUCGAGCCAUUUAUUCAGCAGUUGAAUUAGUUCUAAAGGAAAUUGCUCAGAUAUUUCUAAAAUGGUGCUCCAAGGUUGCAUACAGUUAUUAUAUGCAGCAGCUACGUUUCAUUUAAUACCUGAUAUCAAUAAAAAGGACACGUUUAAAUAUUUUCUUAACUUUUGUUGUGUUCCAUGUGAGCCCCUGUUUGAUUUUAAGGGCUUUCUCUACACAGAGAUAUCAGUCAUAUUUGCAUUUGUAUUGUUUAACUUGAAUAGUUGCUUUUCCU